AUGUGGCAACGGCUUGUGGUCGAGCAUGGGUUGGUAGUUGGCAAAGAAACAGUCAGACACGCGAUGAGGAUAUUGGAUCCUGAGGGGGUUGAUCAAAGGUUGCGUCAUGGACUCAAACGACGGCAAUAUAAAGGAGGGGGGCACAUCGAUUGCUACGAUAAAUUAAAGCCCUUUGGGUUUUGUAUACACGGAGCAAUAGAUGGCUACAGCAGACGGAUGCUGGGGCUGGAAGUGGGAAUGUCAAAGAAUGACCCUGGCAUUGUACAAAAAUACUUCAUGGACUGUGUCAAGCAAGUUGGAGGUGCCCCUCGUACUGUUCGCGCGGACAAUGGGACAGAAAAAACCUAUGUGGCUGGAUUUCAACGUUUUUUAAGGAACAAUUCAUGCGACUCAUUUGCAAAAGAGAAAAGUUUUAAGUACGGCCGUUCUGCGUCUAAUCAAGGAAUAGAAUCUUGGUGGUCGCAAUUACGUAAAGUGUGCACGGGAUGGUGGAUGACACAUUUCAAAGAGCUGAGAGACAAUGGAUUUUAUUGUGACGCCAAUCCAAUCCAUGUCAAUUGUCUUAGAUUUUGUUAUAUGGGAGUCAUAAGGGAGGAGCUCCAACGUGUUGCAAGGCUUUGGAAUAACCACUCUAUAAGACCAUUCAGUAACAGCGAAUCACCCUCAGGGCGUCCUAAUUUACUAUUUUCACUUCCUGAAAUCACAGACACACACAAAGUUAUUGUUACUGUUCCUGAAGAUGACAUCACUGUUUGUGAAGAGUUCUUGGGUGGAAGGAACAUUUCUACAUUAGAUUGCAGCGGAGAAUUCUUGCACGUAGCAAACAUUAUUAUGCAGGAGGAGAACCUUGUAAUGGCAGAAACUCCUUUUGAAGCAAGAUAUCUUUAUUUUGCUUUGUUAAAUCACAUUGACAGGUUGUAA